GAAAGUAGGGUGACUUGAGAGAUGACAUCAUUCCUCAUUUGAAUAAAUCCUAGCCGGGGUAGUGAUUGGUCGUGAGAUGGAGAAAGUCGAGUACUUGGCUAUUCAUCCCUUUCAAUUUCACCCCCGCGCGUAAUGCCGUGGUAAAACCCUCUCCGCCUGUCCAUCCGUCCCGGCCAGUAGAGAGUGUGUGCGUGGACUGCAAAUCGCUUUUCCUUUCUUUGGAAGGGACGUGCAUCACUUCUGAAAACGGCGGUCGACAGAAGUUUCUUGGUAAUCUGGCUGCUGUACUUUGGCCUGUUUCUCAUCUUGUUCGGUUUCAUUUUCCAAUUUGUUACACUUUGUAUUCGAGGAUUCUGAAAGGAGUCGGUGGAUAUUGUCCAACACUGGGCGUAGCUGGAGAUCAAGCUAUAGCUAGCUACACUGUGUUGAUCAGACUCCACCAUCGCCUGAGUGCAGUCACCAGCCCUCCUCCAGCCCUCCUCUGCAGAGACGGACAGCCAGGACUGAGGGGAGAUGAAACCGGAUGGGGUUGCCACGACAGCGAUGGAGCCAAUGGAAGCACUGGACGCCGAUCCGGUAAACGAGCCAGUUGCGAUGGGAGAGGAGCCUAACCAGGCUGUGCCGGCACCUCAGACGGAGGGAGUUGGCCAGCAGGGAGAGAUGGGGCAGGGCGAGCCUCAACCAGAACCAGCCCAGGUGGCCCCCACCAAGACGGGAAACAGCAAGGCUGCAGCAGACCCGAAAGCCAAGACCAAGGCCCCCGCUGCUAAGACAAAGCCUGGGACCACCGCCACAAUUAAGACCACGACUGGACCAGGGUCUCGACCCAACACCGCCCAGAGCCGACUGACCAAUGGGGUUUCCAAGCCACAUACCAAUGGAGUGGCCAAGAAGACCACCACUGGAGCCCCAGAGAAGACCACACCCAAGAGGCCCGUAGGCACAGCCGUUGUCCCUUCCACUAAGACCACCACCAAGGUUGGUGAGAAGAAGCCAGCGGGCACCACCCGCCCUACCUCUGCUCCUGCUGCCACCAACGGGGUGAAGGCCACCACAGGAACAGCUGCAAAGAAGACACCUGCGGUGCCAACUAAUGGUGUGAAAGCCACCAGCACCGCUGCUAAGAAGCCCACAGCUCCCCGGCCUGGCUCUACAGCUACCACCAAGCCCAGCACUGCCGCUGCUCCCAAGCCUGAUAGGCCUCCUGUUUCCAAGACAACCAGGCCUGCUGCUGGUGCUCCAGGAUCUCGCCCUGCCUCUGCUGCAGCCAGGCCAGCCACAGCCAGCACAGCCAAGAGCUCCACAACCACAGCCAAGCCUGGCACCCCCACGGCUAAAACCACCUCCACCACCCCCAGACCAGCCUCUGCCAAAGCCGGCUCUACAACACCCUCUGCUGGACGGACCCCGACAUCACAGCCCUCAAAAACUGCAACUCCCAUCAAGAAAGAUGUUACUAAAUCAGCCACCAAGAAGCCUGCAGCGGCUCCUCUCACUCGCACCUCACCAGCCAAGACCACCAAACCUGAGACUCCCAAAUCAGCCUCCGCGUCCAAGCCAGACUCCACCCCCAAGAAGCCGGCUGCCAGCAGCAAGGCCGCAGACACCAAGAAGACGCCAAGCAAGCCCACGCCUUCAAAGGAUGUCAGUGCUGGCCCCAAGACCCCCAGUACCAAGCCAGCAGGGAAGGCUUCCACCCCUAAGAAGACUGUGGGCAGCAACACCCCCAUGGCAGUGAAGCGUGGCCCCAAGCCCGCAACUGAAGCUGGUGAGACCCAGGACGCUGCUGUUGCUGCUGCCAUAGCUGCAGCUUCCUCGGCUGCUGUGGUCUCCAUGGCAACCUCAGAAGAAGCAAUGGUGGCUGCAGUCCCAGAGGAGAAGGAGACCUUGCCCCCUCAGGCCAGCCAGCCAGAGGAGGCCCCAGAGGCCUUUAUAUCUCAGCUGUCAGCUCAGCUGGACCUGGUCCCCCUGGAAGAGCCAGCAGACAUAGUGUCUCCCCUGGGCACCACGGUCAUGUCUCCUCCAUGCUCCCCCACCGGGCCCAUGUCCCCGGUCAGGGAGCCUCAGAAUGCCUCUGCUCUGCUGGACAUGCACGUCCAGACAGAACCCAGGUCCCAGAACCAGUCUGCCAUUGCUCCACAGAGCCCGGUCCAGGAGGAGGUGAUAUUCCAGACAGACCCCUGUGGCCAGAACCAGUCUGCCAUGGCUCCACAGAGCCCGGUCCAGGAGGAGGUGAUAUUCCAGCCAGACUCCUGGGCCCAGAAUCAGUCUGCCAUGGCUCCACAGAGCCCGGUCCAGGAGGAGGUGAUAUUCCAGCCAGACUCCUGGGCCCAGAAUCAGUCUGCCAUGGCUCCACAGAGCCCGGUCCAGGAGGAGGUGAUAUUCCAGCCAGACCCCCGUGGCCAGAAUCAGUCUGCCAUGGCUCCACAGAGCCCGGUCCAGGAGGAGGUGAUAUUCCAGCCAGACUCCUGGGCCCAGAGCCAGUCUGCCAUGGCUCCACAGAGCCCGGUCCAGGAGGAGGUGAUAUUCCAGCCAGACUCCUGGGCCCAGAAUCAGUCUGCCAUGGCUCCACAGAGCCCGGUCCAGGAGGAGGUGAUAUUCCAGCCAGACUCCUGGGCCCAGAGCCAGUCUGCCAUGGCUCCACAGAGCCCGGUCCAGGAGGAGGAGGUGAUAUUCCAGCCAGACCCCUGUGGCCAGAAUCAGUCUGCCAUGGCUCCACAGAGCCCAGUCCAGGAGGAGGUGAUAUUCCAGACAGACCCCUGUGGCCAGAAUCAGUCUGCCAUGGCUCCACAGAGCCCAGUCCAGGAGGAGGUGAAGGUCCAGCCAGAUGAGCAGCAGGAGGACCUCCUCAUGCCCUCCUCUUCAGCCCCUCCUGUGUUCAGCAUGAUGUCUCAGCCCAUGGAUGAGUUCACCUCAGGGGUCCUGGUCUCUCCCUAUCAGGACCAGGAAGAGGCAGUGGAGAAGGCAGAUGAGGAGAUCAACGAAGAUGUUGACAAUGAGGAGGAGGAAGAGGAGAGGACGGUGAGCAAGCCGACAUCACUGUUUGACAUGAGUAGCUCCCAGCCCUCUGAGGAUGCCAAGCCUGCAGGCUUCGGUGGUGCCACCGGUUGGCAUGGGGAUGACGUUUUACCAGGGAUGGACUCUGAGGAUGUGAGCAGCCGCCUGCAGGGGUCGUCAGAGAUUAGCAGCACCCAGCAUACGGGCCUGCUGCAGGGUACCCAGAGCUCCGAUGCCCUGGUAGACUCCAGCCUCAAGGGCUCCGAGGGAGAAGGGGCCUUCAUGUGCUCCCCCGAUGUGGAGACCCUGGCCAACGAGGAGGAGCGAGUUGAUGAUAUGGACUUGAGCUCAGAGCGGGCAGUGGACCACCGGAAGGUGUGUCAGCAGGAGGAUGAGGAGGAGGAUGAUGAUGAAGAUGUGGAGAUGCCCAGCGAAGGGGUGACGGAGAGUGGACUGGAGAGCUGUGGGAACGCAGACGACGACGACUACACAGAGGAGGACCGCUUGGAUAACCUCAACCGUUCGCCCAUCCCACCUUCCUCAGCCUGGGGUCAGACAAACCCCUUCACUGACCCCUGGGCUCAGCCCCACCUCUCCUCCCCCCACACCGCCUCCAGCCCCCUGUCUGACCACGGGGCUGAUGACCCUGAGACGCCCACCCAGUCCUCUGCCCAGGCCUGGUUGGAUCUCAGCGCCCCCUCUCUGAUGCUCCAGUCAGAGCAGCCCUCAGAGCCCCAGUCUGCCCCUGAGGAGAUGGAGAGCUCCGCCCCAGUGGAGGCCUCUGCCCCCCCAGGGCCCCCUGCUGUGGGCAUGUCUCAGUCCAGCACUCUGAGUGGCACGGCCCUGGCCGUCCACAGCAGCAGUGAAACCAGCACUCCCGAGGAGCUCCGUGACUAUGACAGCAGCUCCGGGGUGGAGUCACGCUCUGACAAGCAGCAGACCCCCGUGCCAUCCAAUGUGCAGCCUGACCUGGAGCAGGACUUGGGCAUCCAUCUGGAACGAGGUGACGAGGAAGAGGAGGCUGAGACGCUCCCUGCUGACGAGGUCCUGGGAGCAGGCCCUCCUACUGCCCCAGCCUCUGCCCCCUCCUCCCCCUCCACCUCGGGAGACGAGGCCAGCGACAUGGAGGGUGAGAUGCAGAUCAACGACCCAGAUGACCCCGUCACCAUGGUUGACAGUGCUGAGUUCGACAGCCCACCGUCCGCCUGUAUCCUGCCUGCCCUGGAAGAGGAGGUGGUGGAGGCGCCGGCCGGAGAAGGAGAGGAGGACGGGGGUGGCGGCACGCCCCAGUCUGCCAACUCGGUGGCAUCUUAUGGCUUUGACUGCACCAUGUCCAACUCCAACGCCCACUCCACUGCCGAGAGCUGCGGUAAGAGCCCCGGCAUCUUCUCCCUGGAGAACGAGGACCAGUUGCCCGAGGAGGCCAAGGACCCCUCACUCAUCAAGGAGCUGACCCUGCCUGCAGCGGCCGCCCAGUCAGAGGAGCUGCUGGGAGGCCCUGUAGACCUGCUGCCCCUGGGCCAGCCUGGGGACCAGCACCACUACAUGCUGGGGGGGAAGAUGGAUGCUGACCACCUGGAGGAGGCCAACACCCUGGAGGACGCCCUCCGCCUGGGGCCCCAGCAUGCCGGGGAGGCCAGCGAGGGCCAGCCACCCUACUACUCUGCUAUAUGCGAUAAGACUGAUAGCUUUCUGGCAGGUAACGUAUAAGUCCCUACCCCUGGAAUGCACCUUCUCCCUCGCACCCCUCCCCCCUUGUUGUUCUUAGUUUUUCUCUCGAAGUGGGUUAGAUGGUUUAGAAAAACAAGCAAAUGAUGGUAGGAAACAAAAAAAGCAAGGGGAAUGAAAAAGACUGUAGAUUAGUGAAGCCUCCCUCUUUCAUACUACUAUUAUGGUUAUGAAUGUAUGGCACUACUUUGUGUACAAUAGCUACUAGCUACCAUUUUUCUAUUAGAAUGUUCUUUUUAAGUGACACUGCGUACUCCGUAACCCCUGAGGGGGCAUUGACUGACUGGUCCGUUGGGACAAAGCUCUUAAAAGAAAAGGAGGGAAAAAACGAGAAUGGACUCUACCUACAUGUGUAUUUAUCCUACUGUUUUUACCAAACAAAUGUCAAUUAUUUUUUUUGUACUUGUUUUGUUGGAACCCGGUCCUCCCUCCCCUAUGUACACACUCCAUUUUAUCCUGCACCAUAGAGAUAGUCCUACUCUCUUUUUUUACAAGUUUGUCUUCUUGUUUUCAACACUAUUUUAGUAUCGAAUAAAGGCUAGAUAUUUAACAUGGCUUUCCUCCCCUUACAGUUUUGUUAAGGUCGGUAUGAGAGUGUUUGAUUUGAAGUUUGUCUAGUUUUAAUUUGCGCUACAGGAAGUUUGCCUCUCCCUGCAUAGAUUAUCAUGGCAAGUAACGUUGUCAUGUACGGUGUUUUGAGGCAUCUGUUUUAAGUGGUCAGGCUUCAUGCCUCUUAGUUGAUCAUUUGUGCUUCAGAACCAACUAACAACUAUUUGUGGGGGGAAAAAACCUGCAUUCCUCUGCAUUUAGAAUGACGCUCACUGAAAACGCUUUUCUCACUGAAACGCUUUUAGUGAUAUUGGAUAUUUCCACUUGCAUGUACUAACAUUGAAAUUGUAUGUGAUUAAACCAUUAUACACUAGGGAUGUUGAUAAGUGAAUGGUUCACGCUAAGUAGGUUUUUCAAAAUUCCAUUAAACAUCAUUGCAAGGCAA